AUGGAGGCGGAGUUUGCGUCGGCCUCGCACGUUGGGCGAGAAUUGCUAGGACUGAGGGAGUUAAUGCGUGAGAUUGGAUUUCAAGUGGAGGCCCCAAUUUCAAUGCUCAUGGACAACCAGGCUGCUAUCAGACAGCUGGAGACUGAAGGAAGUAUGUCGAGUGUCAAGCACGUUGAUGUGCGCAUGAAGUUUAUAUGCGAUUAUUCGAGGAAGGACAUCGUGAAACCAAUGUUUGUGGAAUCGAGCAUCAUGAAGGCGGACUUGCUGACACGAAAGUAUUGCCGGCGCCAAGGAUUGCAGAACUACGAAAGCUGUUCAAUUUGA